GUCAUACAAGAGCCAUCUUGUUUGACAGCACCUACUGAGGAAGCCGCCUGCCAUGUAGACCAACAGCCACAGCCUGUCAACCCUUGUAAAAAGAAUGAUCUUCAAGGAGUGGCUGACCUAAAGUCCUGCUUGCAGCUCACUAACACAGACCUUCCUCAGCCGCAGAGAGGGCCAGUUAAACAGCAGGAGCAGGACAAGAAACAGAAGACUCGGCGCCAGAAGUCGUCUUCCUCUGUCAAAAACAUCUGGGUCUUCGGAGGGCCCAUCACACCUGCACAAAAACCAAAUGUGACAACAAAAUCACAGAAGAAAAGGAAGUCUGCUGUUAUUUUUGACACACGGUUAGCUGUUAAAAAUGGAGUGACUCCAAACCCACUGCAAAUGAAGGCACAGUCUGCUUUGCCAGCUGAUGCACAUUCAUCUGGUAAAAAUGAAAAACCACCUGCAGUGGAAAACAAAGAACAGUCUGUAGUGACUCCAAAACCAGUGUCAAUCAUUGCUGAAGAGGAACCACAGCAGGCUGCUGAUAAGAAGAGCAGCACUGGAUCUGAGGUCAACUUGGAUCAACCCAAACAGGCCCUUCUUCAGACUCCUGAGACUGACCUGCAUCUGCUCCUAGCCAUGAAGGAUGACCAGAUAUCCGAUCUGAUAAACCAGAAAGCUCUGUGGGAACAGGAGAAAUCCUUCCUCCUUAACUGGGUCAACACAGAGGUCCAUAAGUACAUGGAGGCUAACUCUUGCCUGCAGGCAAAUCUGAGCCAUGUGCAGAAAAUGCUGGAAAAUGAACGAAAUCAUUGGUAUAAGGAAAAGUCCUACCUCAUGGAGUACAUUGUGGCCAUGAGGCAGGGCACAAACCUGAAGGAAGAAGAGAGCACAAACAAUCUCAAUCUGCAUGUCGAAAAUCAGGGAAGUGAAGACCUCCAUUUACAAGACAAGUCUGCAGAGUUUGUCAGUGACAGAGAACAAACUGUCAUACAAGAGCCAUCUUGUCUCACCGCACCCAGUGAAGAGGCAUCUGGCCAUGGCGCCCAAGAGCCACAGCCUGCGAACCCCUGGAAAAAUAAUUUUCAAGGGGUGCCUGAUCUAAAGUCCUGCCUGCAGUUGAAUAACACAGAUUUUCCUGAACUCCAGAGAGGGCCAGUUAAACGGCAGGAACAGGGCAAGAAUCAGCAGACUCGGUCUCAGAAGAAGACCUUCAGACAACGUGGUGUCUUUGGAUUGUUUGCUACACCUGCACAACAGUCAGCAGUGACUCUAAAACCACUGCCAACCAUUGCUGAAGAGGAACCACAGCAGGCUGCUGAUAAGAAGAGCAGCACUGCAUCUGAGGUCAACUUGGAUCAACCCAAAAAGACCCUUCUUCCAAUUCCAGGGACUGGCCUACAUCUACUCGUGUGCACAAAGGAUGGCGAGACAGAUGAGCUGGUUAAGGAAAGGGCUGGCUUGCUCACCAAACUUGAGGAGUUGAAGGACCAGCUCAAAAUUCAAAAAUCUAAGGAUCUAAGUCAUAGAUCACAGUGUAAGGAGGCAAUCUCCAACCUGAAGGUAGAUUUGAUCCAGGCAAAAACAGAUCUGGAAAAUCAAAGAAUCCGAUGGGAGGAGGAGAAGUCUCGUCUCCUGACUGAGCACACAGAGGCAGCUUCCAAGCUGAAGGCAACUCUGAUUGAAGACCUGGAGAAAAACUUGGAAAAUGAACGACGCCAGUGGGAGGAGGAGAGGUCUCGUCUCCUUAUUGAGCAUGCAGAUACAUCAAUCAGCCUGAGGGGAACACUAAUCCAGGUGAAAAAUGAUCUGGCAAAUGAAAGAUCCAAGUGGGAGAAUGAGAAGUCCCAUCUUCUGGCUCAGCACAUCAAGGCAGCCUCCAGUCUGAAGGCAACACUGACACAGGAGCUGGAAAACAAAAGAUGCCAGUGGGACAAUGAAAAGUGCCACCUCCUCAUUUAG